GCAAGCACUUUCAUGGACGCCAUCAUUGAACUGAGCACGUCCAUAAUAAAUCGACUUGAUGUCCGACAUGCAGGACACGCUGCUGCUGGGUCUGGAGGGCAUCAAGAAGACCAUCCUGCACGGAGGAACUGGAGAUGUGCCCAAGUUCAUCACCGGAGCAAAGGUGACGUUCCACUUCCGCACCACGCUGUGCGACGACGAGCGCACCGUGGUGGACGACAGCAAGGCUGUGGGACGCCCCAUGGAGAUCGUCAUCGGCAACAUGUUCAAACUGGACGUGUGGGAGACCCUGCUGGCCUCCAUGAGGGUCGGCGAGGUGGCCCAGUUCUGGUGCGACACCAUCCACACCGGUGUGUAUCCUCUGGUGUCCAAGAGCAUGAGGUGCAUCGCAGAAGGCAAAGACCCGGUGGACUGGCAUGUGCGCACAUGCGGUAUGGCCAACAUGUUCGCUUACCACACCCUGGGCUACCAAGACCUGGACCAGCUGAUGAAGGAGCCCAGUCCGCUCUUCUUCAUCCUGGAGCUCAUGCAGGUGCUGCAGCCCAGCGAGUACAACAGAGAGUCGUGGGCCCUCAACGAUGUGGAGCGGCUGAAGGCGGUGCCUGUGCUGCACGGUCAGGGCAACAAGCUCUACAAGCAGGCUCGCUACCAGGAGGCCACGCUGAAAUACAAGGAGGCCAUCAUCUGCGUCAAGAACGUCCAGACCAAGGUGUAAAGCCUGGAGGCUCCGUGGUUGAAGCUGGAGAAGAUGGCGCACACCUUAACUCUCAACUACUGCCAGUGUCUUCUCCGCAUGGAGGACUUCUACGAGGUCAUAGAACACACCAGUGACAUCAUCAACCAGCACCCAGGCGUGACCAAGGCCUUCUACCUGCGAGGCAAGGCCCACGCGGAGGUGUGGAACGAGGCCGAGGCCCGGCAGGACUUCAAAGUUCUGGAUCUGAACCCCGGCAUGAAAAAGACGGUGAAGAAAGAACUGGCGGUGCUGAACAUGCGCAUGGAGGACAAAAACCAGGAGGACAGACUUAAAUACAGAGGCAUGUUUUGAAAGGGAGAGUCCAGUCCAUAGUGGAUCUAACAUAAUAGUGAGAGAGUCCGGUCCAUAGUGGAUCUAACAUAAUAGUGUGAGAGUCCAGUCCAUAGUGGAUCUAACAUAAUAG